UUUUAAUUUGAUGUAUAAAUUUAAAAAAAAAAGGCAAAGUGCGCGAAACGGUUAUUUCCCUUGAAGCAAGAUUGAAAUCAAUGGCGGGUUCAGAAUCAGCACCACCAGCAGAACCAGAUAUCGAAAACCAACUCUCUUCUCUCAUCUACGAGAUAUCAAAUGAAGCUCAAGGAAUAAUGGAAAACAUGCUUAAGAUGGCCGCUGAGAUUAAUCAAAAUUCUGCAGUGAUAGAGGAGGAGAUAGAGAAAUGUAAAUCUUCUGCUAUCGAGAGGAAAACGGCUUUAGAUGAAGAGAAAAAUCACUUCCAAAAAGCUGCUUAUGCUGUUCUCGACAUGCUUAACAGAGAUUAAAAGUCCCUUAGGCAGGUUGCUUGGAAGUGCUUGAAGAUAAUGAACAUUCUGUAACGUAAACACACCUUCCUAAAUGACUCCUACCUCAGGUUGAAGCAAUAUGUUUUGUUGUUAUGCAGGUCUAUGAGAUACUUUCCAAUCUCCAUAGUUCAGAACUUAUAAUAAAUACAAGGUUCUCUAAUUUCUGAUCUAAAUGAAUUACUUUAGUAAUAGUAGUUUCUUUUGUCUAA